AUGUAUGAUGUGCUAAGUGUUUCAAGAGGCCUCGUUUACUCGACCGUCAAAUACCUGUUCAGAGCACCGUCGGGAACUUUCUAUAUUGGCCAGACUACAAUACAAAAGGUAGCAUAUUUUAUAUCUAUCGUCUCUUUAUUCUCUACCAGAGCGGUUGUUGGUAUCGAUACUAAUAAAGAGUUUGUUCGAUUAUUUUAAAACGCUAGAAUUGGUCUUUUUAGAUUCAAGGGGAUUUGAGAGGUUUCUCUACAGAAGUACGGCAAUGUUCAAAGCAUUCUUCUUUGAAGAGCAGUUUGAGUUCUUUCUUCCCAGUGUUCUUUACCGUGGAAGGAAUUUUGGCUGUUUGUGAAGAGGUACGUGCAAUACGCGUGUCGAGAAUAGAAUGCACGCCGGAGAGAGAGAGAAUCCUUGUUGUUGUUGUUGUUGUUGUUGUUUUCCAAUGCUGUCUGUCAUAGAGAGAGUUAAAUCAUGAAGGAAAAUUGCGGGAUCGAUUUUCGAAGGACCACUACACAGCUAUCUAAGUUGUAACUUUAAUGUAAUCGCCUCGAUGCUUUAGGAUCUCAAUCGGUAGCUGCUAAACACAACAUAACAUGGCGUUUCGCAGCUCGCAACAGACAGCAUGCGGUAUCGUAGGUUGUCACAUACCUUUUCUGGUAAACUUUAACUUUUAGUUUAAUCAGUCGUCCGAUAAGACAUCCGAGUAUUGACAUAUUUCAGGGGCACCCAACGAGGAAUAUAGUUCAAAACCACUUAAACAUCGCAUUGUUGAACCUAUUUUAGUAUUUGAAUGGUAGAUAUAGGCAUAUUUUUAUCCCCUUAAAAUUUUUCAUCUGUUCGGAUUCCUAGCUGAAAGACUAGUGAUCCGAAAAUUAUAGGGAUCAAAACUUACCUUUUCGAAAAUUUCAGCCAGAAAAAAGGCUCCCGAAAAUCCUAGGAGAGGCAGGCAAGCAAGAAAUUUUACAACAAAUGUUCCGAAAAUUCCAGAUCUCAAGUCGUCUUCCUAACAGAUAUUUUCCGAAAAUUCACGUUGGGUGCCCCUGAUAUUUUAUCUUUCUCCAGGCUAUUACGAACAAAACGUCAUCAAGCAAGACAAUAAAAAUCUCAUCCGAUAUUGUGAUUAAACUUGGACCUGAUUUAUUGGAGCUGAUGGGAAUGAUUGUUCGUGUGUCACAAAGAAGGAAGAAACGGAAAUCAGAGCCGGAGUUUGGGCAAGAAAGUGAAAGCAAUUGUCACCACAUCCUUCUCCAGUUUCCAGUGUUGAUCGAUUCGCUUGCUUCUCUACUUCAUAUAUACUCUGUUUCAGAGCAGUCGAGGUAUUCAACGUCUCCAUUCGCACAAGUCCCUUACAGCGCAAUUAUUAAUAAAAGCUCUCCGCAUCUCAUUUCGGUCCAGUUCGAGUAAGAAUCGUUCGGCUAUUGGCAGUCGUGAAUUCUUGUCUCUCCAUUUCACGUUUGCCUUCUUACGCUGCAGCGCUUCUCUUCCCCUCCGUCCCCUUCCUCCUUUACCCUGUCCUUUUGCACUUCCAGUGCCCUCAAGUGCGGUCCCAUCAGUCUCCGUCUCUUAUUUAACGAGCGUGAAAGGGACUGUCGCGAAAAGUAUGCAAUUUAGUAUUUUUUGACAUCUUCUACCAGGGUUCUAUUUAGGGUAUUUGAAGGGUAGAAGCUCCCCCCGCCCACAGAAAAAAAAUUCGUUAUCAUUACAUUAUAUAAGUAACUAUAUCGGAAAAGUCAUUCAGACGCGACGAGCUCAGUGCCCAUGAAGUAAGUAUUCCCUCUCUAAGGACACUAUAUGACAUGGAACAUGAUCAUGACUAAAAAAAAUAAAAUACCACUGUAACAUUUCUCGAAAUUGUAUAUCAAAAUGCACCAGAUUGUAUCUCAGCGCAUAUUCAUUACAAAACAUUUCCGGGGGAACAUGCCCCCGGAUCCCCCUAGGAAGCUCGUGGCCUUCGGCCUUUCUGGACUUCUCCCCCAAACGAUAAAUCCUAGGUAGAACCCUGUCUCUGUGUGCUGUUUCAGAUGUUUCACGGCGGUGAAGCAUGUAACGCGGGCGUCUCGAGCGUUCCCGUCAAAUUUGGUAAAAGUUCUUGAAAGAAACAGUUAAGGAGGAAUUAUUUAGGUUAUAAAUUCAUAAACUAGUAAUAUAGUGUCUUCGUUCUUGUGACCUGCGGCUAUAGAAUACACAUCAAAAAGAGUGUGUUUGUUCUUGUAACCUGUGGCCAUAGAAUACAUAAAGCGAUUUUCGUAUGGCCUUGAACUAAUGAAAACGCCCGAACAAAACAGGUACAGCAAACGAACGGAAAGAGAGCGAUUUGAUCGGUUUAUCGAACGGACACAAACGAGCGUGGCUUUCAGUUGGUUCAGCGAAUGCUCGGGUUAAAAAGCGUCAUGCUCGAGGACUUUCUAGAAAUCACCCGAUACUUCGCUUUGACGUCAUACUGCAACACGAUUGGCCAAUCGAACGAUGCCCUCUCCGUAUUAGGGUUUUCUUUGACGUGAAAACGAAGAGGCGAUGUUUUGAUCUUUUCAUCCAUUUGCUGAUAAAACAAACAAUGAACACUUACCGAAACCAUUUUUCAAGGUCAAACGAAAAUCGCUCUAUCAAACAGUAUUCGUAUAAUGUGACUUGCGAGGCUGUCAUCCCUUAGUUUACUCCUUCAACUUGGCUGCUUUGACGUCACAAGGAACAAAGUCUAUUUUUAGAAACAAAUUAUUAUGUUGACUCAAGUCAUUUCUGCUUUCAUGGUCAGAAAACUGACGCUUGUAAACGAGAGGUACAAGCUUUGCCAGUGGCAAAAAGUGUUCGACGUAAUGUUGACACUUGUAAUCCAACGUGUCUUUGAGAAGGAUGUUUCUUCAUUUCCUCUUUUUGAUAAGGUAGGCAAGAUGUUGAUGCUGGUAUGGGGAGAGAGAUCACGAAUGUUGCUAGUGUGGUUAGGACCCUCCCACACCCCCCCCCCCCCAAAAAAAUAGCCAAAUGUUGGAAUUUCGACCACUGCAGCUACUUUUGCCGCCCGUCAUCAUUGCGCAACUUGCUUGAAAAUUUAAAGGAAAAUGAACGAACAAGAUACAGGAACCAAACAUUCGCAAUAUUUACGGCCGAAAUCAUUACAGGCAAACCCCGUUUACCAGAGGGACGGGGAAGCAACAGGGCGUGUACCUUUAGCCAAUCAGUUCCAGAAUUAUUUCAAUCCUAUGUUUUAUUUGCCAGAAAAUGUUUUCUGGCCAAGAGAAGGAAGAAAUCCAAAUGCUUCUCUAACUAUACUGGGUUAGACUAAGCGCCAGGGAGCUCUCCCAUUCUUUCUGUAAAUGUAGUAAUGAUAAUGGCCGGUCCCGAUCAGCUGCCCCUCGGUUCUCCAAGGAUGGGAACAUCUUAAGCCCCCAUCGAUCUUUAGCGUAAUAUCCUCCUUGCGGGCUUUCAAGUACAUUGUACGUCUGUGCUACAGCAAUUGUGUACUACUGGGGAGGGCAGGGUUGAAAUGUACAGCUUUAAAACAGUUUACACAUGUUUGAAUUCCCCCUCCGCCCCUUAUCUUUUCAAUGAUUGUGCCGGUAAAAGGAUGAGUAAACGUUGCUUCUUACCAGGAUGGAUCACGUUCUUCCUGUCUUCGCUUUCUUAAAGUCGUCUGUCAGUCUUGCACAAAACUCCAUCUGAAGUUACCCGGAGAUUUUCACACCCGGCUAUUGGCAUCGACAGUUCAUUUCUUAAAAACACUUCAACAAGAAAGAGAUCAUUCUACUGAUGCUCCAGCGAAUGGAUCUCUUGGAAAGGUAAAAACCACCUUAAGGGAAGAGAGCAGAGGUCCUGAAAGCGGGGAUAUAUGUGAGGAAGGGUAUCGUCUCGUGGUUUCCUUGCUUGAGGGAUGUGAUUCUGUUUUGCUUUCCGAGCUACUUGAAGGAUCAUGUAGCGAGAUUGUAAGUAACUGUAAUUGAAAUUUGUUUUUUAUUGUGAUUCGUUCACCCACAAAGCCCUCCGGAGCUCUUUUAUAACUCUUUUAACGUUUCCGAGCGUUCCAGAUUGAAUUGGAAUUUGGGAGUGUUGGUUUUUGAGGAGAGGGAAAUGCCGGAGUUUGCUAUAUCAUAAUGGGCUUGUAUAUAGAUCUCUUUUGUCAUUAUCAUCAUCAUCUCCUCCUCAUCAUCAUCAUCAACAUCAUUGCCAUCAUCUUCAUCUUUAUUUUCUUCUUCUUCUUCUUCUUCUUCUUCUUCUCCUCCUCCUCCUCCUCCUCCUCCUCCUCCUCAUCAUCAUCAUCAUCACCGUCAUUAUUAUUAUUUUCCGUAGACAAAGCAAAACAUCUCAGACGACUCUCUGGACCGACUUUUCGUAACCCUUAAUGUUUGGCUCCGUCUCUUAAAUGGACCUUUCGCCAAGAACAAAAAGGAAGAGCUCCGUCCGAAACUACCAAAGGUUAGUUUCCACAGACGUCGAGUCUAAAGUUGAUAUUUACAAAUUUUUCUUUAACAUGCUGGGGAACCUUUCCUUUUCCAGGGAGAAAUGUGCGAUCACAAAAUAACGUAAUACAAAACAUUGAAAAGACCAAAGUAAGGUACAGGGUAAAGAAACCUCAUCCGACUAACAAACCUGAGGACGACGGUGCACUCAUUUCAUAUACAUAUUAAGAAAGCAUGCUUUGGUGUCUACACUUAAUGUUUAAAUUUCUUAAACUUAAAAUUAACUUUGAGAGUAACCCCUUCGCUUUUUCAACAGGUUCUGUUUGCACUGCAGUUCCUACUUCAAGAGUUGACAGCUGACGACAGAAUUCUCCACAUCGCUACGGAUAUCAUGGUCAAAAUACUUUCCCUUGGAAAGGUUAGUCCAGAUUCCGAAUGUAUUUUUUGUUCUUGUGGUCAUUGUCAUUUUUGUUGGUGUCUUCCUUCCUUGCAUUUAUAGCGGACCACCAUGGGUAACCGAAUCUACCAAUACCAAAAAACUUCUUACUAUCAUUUGUCACUCACUGUUCCACUUUAACAGUUCCACCAUUACUGUUCCCACAUUACUGUUCCACCAUUACCUUUCCACCUCACUGUUCUCCCAUUACUGUUCCACCUCACAGCUCCACUUUGACUGUUCCACCAUUACUGUUCAACUACCACUGUUCCACUUUAACUGUUCAACCAUCACUGCACCACCAUUACUGUUCCACCUCACUGUUCCACUUUGACAGUUCCACCAUUACUGUUCCACCAUCACUAUUCCACCUUUACUAUUCCACCUAAUUGUUCUACCAUGACUGUUCCACCAUUAAUGUUCCCUUAUCACUGUUCCAGUUUAAAUGUUCAACCGUCACUGCCCCAACAUUACUGUUCCACCUCACUGUUCCACUUUAACUGUUCCACUACUACUGUUCCACCAUUACUGUUCCACCAUCAUUAUUUCACCAUUAACAUUCCACCAUCACAGUUCCACUUUGACUGUUCCACUUCACUGUUCCACCUUGACUGUUCCACCAUUACUGUCCCACUUUCACUGUUCCACCAUUACUGUUCCACCUUCACUGCUCCACCGUUAAUGUUCCACAUCACUGUUUCACCUUGACUGUUCCACCAUUACUCUUCCACUUCACUGUUCCACCUUCACUGUUCCACCAUUACUGUUCCACUUCACUCUUAUACCUUCAAUAUUCCACUAUUACUGUUCCACUUCACUGUUCCACCUUGAUGGUUCAACCAUUAAUGUUCCACUUCACUGUUCCACUUUCAUUGCUCAACCAUUACUGUUCCACUUCACUGCUCCGCCUUGACUGUUCCACCAUUACUGUUCCACUUCACUAAUCCACUUUGACUGUUCCACUAUUACUGUUCCACUUCACUGUUCCACCUUGACUGUUCCACCAUCACUGUUUCACUUCACUGUUCCACCUUGACUGUUCCACCGUUAAUGUUCCACUUCACUGUUCCGCCUUCACUGUUCCACCAUUACUGUUCCACUUCACUCCUAUACCUUCAAUGUUCCACUAUUACUGUUCCACUUCACUGUUCCACCUUCAUGGUUCAACCAUCAAUGUUCCACUUCACUGUUCCACUUUCAUUGCUCAACCAUUACUGUUCCACUUCACUGGUCCACCUUGACUGUUCCACCAUUACUGUUCCACUUCACUGGUCCACCUUGACUGUUCCGCUAUUACUGUUCCACUUCACUGUUCCACCUUGACUGUUCCACCUUGACUGUUCCGUUAAUGUUCCACUUCACUGUUCCGCCUUGACUGUUCCACCAUUACUGUUCCACCUUGACUGUUCUACCGUUACUGUUCCACUUCACUGAUCCACCUUGACUGUUCCACCAUUACUGUUCCACUUCACUCUUCCACCUUGACUGUUCCACCAUUACUGUUCCACUUCACUGUUCCACCUUGACUGUUCUACCAUUACUGUCCCACUUCACUGAUCCACCUUGACUGUUCCACUAUUACUGUUCCACUUCACUGUUCCACCUUGACUGUUCCACCAUUAAUGUUCCACUUCACUGUUCCGCCUUCACUGUUCCACGUCACUGUUCCACCCUGACUCUUCUACCGUUACUGUUCCACUUCACUGAUCCACCUUGACUGUUCCACGUCACUGUUCCACCUUGCCUCUUCCACCGUUACUGUUCCACUUCACUGAUCCCCCUUGACUGUUCCACCACUACUGUUCCACUUCACUGUUCCACCUUAACUGUUGCACUAUUACUGUUCCACUUCACUCUUCAACCUUGAGUGUUCUCCCAUUACUGUUCCACUUCACUGUUCCACCUUGACUAUUCCAUUAUUACUGUUCCACUUCACUGAUCCACCUUGACUGCUCCGCUUUUACUGUUCCACUUCACUGUUCCACCUUGACUGUUUCACCAUCACUGUUUAACUUCACUGUUCCACCUUGACUGUUCCACCGUUAAUGUUCCACUUCACUGUUCCGCCUUGACUGUUCCACGUCACUGUUCCACCUUGACUGUUCUACCCUUACUGUUCCACUUCACUGUUCCACCUUGACUGUUCCACCAUUACUAUUCCACUUCACUGUUCCACCUUGACUGUUCCACCAUUACUGUUCCACUUCACUGUUCCACCAUUACUGUUCCACUUCACUGAUCCACCUUGACUGUUCCGCUAUUACUGUUCCACUUCACUGUUCCACCUUGACUGUUCCGUUAAUGUUCCACUUCACUGUUCCGCCUUGACUGUUCCACCAUUACUGUUCCACUUCACUGUUCCACCUUGACUAUUCCACCGUUACUGUUCAACUUCACUGAUCCACCUUGACUGUUCCACCAUUACUGUUCCACUUCACUCUUCCACCUUGACUGUUUCACCAUUACUGUUCCACUUCACUGGUCCACCUUGACUAUUCCAUUAUUACUGUUCCACUUCACUGAUCCACCUUGACUGCUCCGCUUUUACUGUUCCACUUCACUGUUCCACCUUGACUGUUCCACCAUCACUGUUUCACUUCACUGUUCCACCUUGACUGUUCCACCGUUAAUGUUCCACUUCACUGUUCCGCCUUCACUGUUCCACGUCACUGUUCCACCCUCACUGUUCUACCGUUGCUGUUCCACUUCACUGAUCCACCUUGACUGUUCCACGUCACUGUUAGACCUUGCCUCUUCCACCGUUACUGUUCCACUUCACUGAUCCACCUUGACUGGAGCACUAUUACUGUUCAACUUCACUGUUCCACUUUGACUGUUCCACCGUUAAUGUUCCACUUCACUGUUCCGCCUUGACUGUUCCACCGUUACUGUUUCACUUCACUGAUCCACCUUGACUGUUCCACCAUUACUGUUCCACCUCACUGUUCCACCUUGACUGUUCCACCAUUACUGUUCCACUUCACUGUUCCACCUUGACUGUUCCACCUUGACUGUUCCGUUAAUGUUCCACUUCACUGUUCCGCCUUGACUGUUCCACCAUUACUGUUCCACCUUGACUGUUCCACCAUUACUGUUCCACUUCACUCUUCAACCUUGAGUGUUCCACCCUUACUGUUCCACUUCACUGUUCCACCUUGACUGUUCCACCAUUACUGUCCCACUUCACUGAUCCACCUUGACUGUUCCACUAUUACUGUUCCACUUCACUUUUCCACCUUGGCUGUUCCACCGUUACUAUUUCACUUCACUGAUCCACCUUGACUGUUCCACCAUUACUGUUCCACCUCACUGUUCCACCUUGAUUGUUCCACCAUUACUGUUCCACUUCACUGUUCCACCUUUACUGUUCCACCAUUACUGUUCCACUUUCAUUGCUCAACCAUUACUGUCCAUUACUGUUCCGCCUUCACUGUUCCAAGUCAAUGUUCCACCUUGACUGUUCCACCAUUAUUGUUCAACUUCACUUUUCCACCUUGACUAUUCCACCAUUACUGUUCCACCUCACUGUUCCACCUUGACUGUUCCACCAUUACUGUUCCGCCUUGACUGUUCCACCUUGACUGUUCCACCAUUACUGUUCCGCUUUCAUUGCUCAACCAUUACUGUCCAUUACUGUUCCGCCUUGACUGUUCCACGUCACUGUUCCACCUUGACGGUUCCACCGUUACUGUUCCACUUCACUGAUCCACCUUGACUGUUCCACCAUUACUGUUCCACCUCACUGUUCCACCUUGACUGUUCCACCAUUACUGUUCCACUUCACUGUUCCACUUUCAUUGCUCAAUCAUUACUGUUCCACUUCACUGGUCCACCUUGACUGUUCCACCAUUACUGUUCCACUUCACUGAUCCACCUUCACUGUUCCGCUAUUACUUUUCCACUUCACUGUUCCAACUUGACUGUUCCGUUAAUGUUCCACUUCAAUGUUCCGCCUUGACUGUUCCACCAUUACUGUUCCACCUCACUGUUCCACCUUGACUGUUUAACCAUUACUGUUCCACGUCACUGUUCCACCUUGACUGUUCCACCAUUAUUGUUCCACUUCACUUUUCCACCUUCAAUGUUCCACUAUUACUGUUCCACUUCACUGUUCCACCUUGACUGUUCCACCAUUACUGUUCCACCUCACUGUUCCACCUUGAUUGUUCCACCAUUACUGUUCCACUUCACUGUUCCACCUUGACUGUUCCACCAUUACUGUUCCACUUUCAUUGCUCAACCAUUACUGUCCAUUACUGUUCCGCCUUGACUGUUCCACGUCACUGUUCCACCUUGACGAUUCCGCCGUUACUGUUCCACUUCACUGAUCCACCUUGACUGUUCCACCAUUCUGUUCCACCUCACUGUUCCACCUUGACUGUUCCACCAUUACUGUUCCACUUCACUGUUCCACUUUCAUUGCUUAAUCAUUACUGUUCCACUUCACUAUUCCACCUUGACGGUUCCACCGUUACUGUUCCACUUCACUGAUCCACUUUACUGAUCCACCUUGACUGUUCGACCAUUACUGUUGCACCUCACUGUUCCACCUCACUGUUCCACCUUGACUGUUCCACCAUUACUGUUCCACCUCACUGUUCCACCUUGACUGUUCCACCAUUACUGUUCCACUUCACUGUUCCACUUUCAUUGCUCAAUCAUUACUGUUCCACUUCACUGGUCCACCUUGACUGUUCCACCAUUACUUUUCCACUUCACUGUUCCACCUUGACUGUUCCGUUAAUGUUCCACUUCACUGUUCCGCCUUGACUGUUCCACCAUUACUGUUCCACCUCACUGUUCCACCUUGACUGUUUAACCAUUACUGUUCCACGUCACUGUUCCACCUUGACUGUUCCACCAUUAUUGUUCAAGUUCACUUUUCCACCUUUAAUGUUCCACUAUCACUGUUCCACUUCACUGUUCCACCUUGACUGUUCCACCAUCACUGUUUCACUUCACUGUUUCACUUUGAAUGUUCCACCGUUAAUGUUCCACUUCACUGUUCCGCCUUGACUGUUCCACGUCACUGUUCCACCUUGACUGUUCCACCGUUACUGUUCCACUUCACUGAUCCACCUUGACUGUUCCACCAUUACUGUUCCACCUCACUGUUCCACCUUGCCUGUUCCACCAUUACUGUUGCACUUCACUUUUCCACCUUGACUGUUCCACCAUUACUGUUCCACUUUCAUUGCUCAUCCAUUACUCUCCAUUACUGUUCCGCCUUGACUGUUCCACGUCACUGUUCCACCUUGACGGUUCCACCGUCACGUGUCAUGUUAUGUUAUAUAACCUGUGUCAUGUUAUGUUAUAUGACAUGUAUCAUGUUAUGUUAUAUAACAUGUAUCAUGUUAUGUUAUAUAACAUGUUUCAUGUUAUGUUAUAUAACAUUUGUCAUGUUAUAUUAUAUGUUAUGUUAUAUAACAUGUGUCAUGUUAUCUUACCUUUUAUGUUAUAUAACAUGUGUCAUGUUAUGUUAUAUAACACGUGUUAUGUUAUGUUAAAUAACAUGUGUCCUGUUAUGUUAUAUAACAUGUGUCAUGUUGUGUUAUAUAACUUGUGUCAUGUUAUGUUAUAUAUCACGUGUCAUGUUAUGUUAUAUGACAUGUAUCAUGUUAUGUUAUAUAACAUGUAUCAUGUUAUGUUAUAUAACAUGUUUCAUGUUAUGUUAUAUAACAUUUGUCAUGUUAUAUUAUAUGUUAUGUUAUAUAACAUGUGUCAUGUUAUCUUACCUUUUAUGUUAUAUAACAUGUGUCAUGUUAUGUUAUAUAACACGUGUUAUGUUAUGUUAAAUAACAUGUGUCCUGUUAUGUUAUAUAACAUUUGUCAUGUGUUAUAUAACAUGUGUCAUGUUAUGUUAUAUAUCACGUGUCAUGUUAUGUUAUAUGACAUGUAUCGUGUUAUGUUAUAUAACAUGUAUCAUGUUAUGUUAUAUAACAUGUUUCAUGUUAUGUUAUAUAACAUUUGUCAUGUUAUAUUAUAUGUUAUGUUAUAUAACAUGUGUCAUGUUAUCUUACCUUUUAUGUUAUAUAACAUGUGUCAUGUUAUGCUAUAUAACACGUGUUAUGUUAUGUUAAAUAACAUGUGUCCUGUUAUGUUAUAUAACAUGUGUCAUGUUGUGUUAUAUAACAUGUGUCAUGUUAUGUUAUAUAACACGUGUCUUGUUAUGUUAUAUAACCUGUGUCAUAUAUAGAGAAUACUUCAUGGAAAGUGCUGGCGUACGGUAUUUACGCACGAGUUGUUGACGUAUCAGAAAUCGAACGAGUGAGCGCAGCGAACGAGUAAGAUUUCUGAUACAAAAACAACGAGUGCGUAAAUACCCUACAAAGCACUUUCCAUGUGGUAUUGUGUUUAUUAUAUACAUACUGAGACAUUCAUCAUUUUGGCGGCCUUUUUAUUUUAAAUCUUUCAAAAAUGCUAAAAUUUGCCGCUACACACUUACCGCAAAAUGACAACGAAAACGAAGUACCAGCUUUUUAGUAAAAACGUUUGUUAAAAACAUAAAGGACGGUAAGGAUACGAGGUAAUCCAAGAACUAUAAGUUAUCUUAACUGUUUGUUCUCAAUACACAAUUGAAAAUGAGUGAAUUUAAGGAAAAUGGCCGGUUUGAAUAUUAUAUAAGCAAAGCUAAAAUGAAAACCAAAGUCGCUCCGACAAAAAGCACAACAAAAGCUUACGUCUCGUUCUGUUUUCCCUUUCCGUUGUUGUUUUUUUGGCUCUCUACCGUUUUUUUCAUCGACAGUGAAAGAAACGAAACUAUUCCACUCCAUUUCCGAAAUGUUUUUCACUUUUUAGCGAGAAAAACUCUUUGAGUAAAACUUUUCUCGUUGAAUGUGUGCGGCGGCGCUGCAAGCUGCAAUUAAAAGCGGGGAUUUUUGGCGCGAAACUCACACACCUCUGUGGCUUCUGAUUGGACGUAUCAUUUUUCUCACACGUGAAAAAACAUCGUUCGCGAUUCUGAUUGGACGUAUCAUUUUUUUCACGUGUGAAAACCAUCGUUCGCUCAUCUGAUUGGCUAGAACUAAUUUGCGUACGACAAUUUACGACAUAGCUUUUUGGUGGGUAUUUCUCAGUAUGUAUAUAAUAAUAUGUUAUAUGAUAUGUAUCAUGUUAUGUUAUAUAACAUGUAUCAUGUUAUGUUAUAUAACAUGUUUCAAGUUAUGUUAUAUAACAUUUGUCAUGUUAUAUUAUAUGUUAUGUGGCAUGUUAUCUUACCUUUUAUGUUAUAUAACAUGUGUCAUGUUAUGUUAUAUAACACGUGUUAUGUUGUGUUGUAUGUUAUGUUAUAUAAGAUGUUUCAUUUUAUGUUAUAUAACAUGUGUCAUGUUGUUAUAUGUUGUGUUAUAUAACAUUUGUCAUGUUAUCUUAUAUGUUAUGUUAUAUAACAUGUGUCAUGUUGUGUUGUAUGUUAUGUUAUAUAAGAUGUUUCAAGUUAUGUUAUAUAACAUGUGUCAUGUUAUAUUAUAUAACAUGUGACAUAUGUUAUGUUAUAUAACAUGUGUCAUGUUAUCUUAUAUGUUAUGUUAUACAACAUGUGUCAUGUUAUGUUAUAUAACAUGUGUCAUAUGUUAUGUUAUAUAACAUGUGUCAUGUUAUCUUAUAUGUUAUGUUAUAUAACAUGUGUCAUGUUAUGUUAUAUGUUAUGUUAUAUAACAUGUUUUAAGUUAUGUUAUAUAACAUUUAAUAAACUCUUCCAAUUGGCAGUGUUUUUUCGCAUAAAUGCUUAAGUACCACAUAGAAAACACACAAAGGGUAAUCGGCAAACUUCUGGUGGCAGGGAAGCGCUUAAAUCUAGGGAUAAGGGGACCAGGAGAGAAGCCCUCCUGGGGGGAGACAAGAUCGGUUGGUACCGGGGGUAGCCAUCCUGGACAGGAGUCCUGAUCAAUCUCCGGGGGUGAGGCCCAUGUCCCCCAUUGACUGUUCCACCAUUACUGUUCCACUUCACUGUUCCACCUUGACUUUUCCACCAUUACUGUUCCACUUCACUGUUCCACCUUGACUGUUCAGCCAUCACUGUUCCACUUCACUGUUCCACCUUGACUUUGCCACCACUACUGUUCCACUUCACUGUUCCACCUUGACUGUUCUACCGUUUUUAUUCCACUUCACUGUUCCACCUUGACUGUACCACCAUUACUGUUCCACUUCACUGUUCCACCUUGACUGUUUUACCAUUACUGUUCCACUUCACUGUUCAACUUUGACUGUUCCACCAUUACUGUUCCACUUUACUGUUUCACCCUUACUAUGCCACCAUUACUGUUCCACUUCACUGUUUCACCUUGACUUUUCUACCAUAACUGUUCCACAUCACUGCUGCAGCUUGACUGUUCCACCAUUACUCUUCUUCCAUUGUUCCACUUCACUGUUCCACCUUGACUGUUCCACUAUUACUGUUCUACUUUAUUUUUCAACCUUGAAUGUUCCAUCAUUACUGUUCUACUUCAUUGUUCCACCUUGACAGUUCCACCAUUACUGUUCCACCUUGACUUUUCCACCAUUACUUUUCUACUUCACUGUUCCACUUUGACUCUGCGACCAUUACUGUUCCACUACACUGUUCCACCCUUACUGUUGUACUUUAUUGUUCCACCUUGACUUUUUUACCAUUACCGUUCCACGUCACUGUUCCACUUUGACUGUGUUACCCUUACUGUUCAACUUUAUUGUUCCACCUUGAUUGUUCCACCGUUACUGUUCCACUUUACUGUUUCACCUUAAAUGUUCCACCAUUACUGUUCCAGGUCAUUGUUUACCCUUGGCUGUUUCACCAUUACUGUUCCACUUCACUUUUCCAACAAUGAAAGUGGAAAAGUGAAGUUACCCUGAAGCUACACUGAAGCUACACUUUUCCACUUUGAAUGUUCCACCAUUACUGUUCCACUUUACUGUUUCACCUUGACUGUUCCACCUGUAAUGUUCCACUUUACUGUUCCACCUUAAGUGUUUCACCCUUACUGUUCCACUUUACUGUUCCACCUUGACUGUUUUACCAUUACUGUUCCACGUCACUGUAAACCUUGAUUGUUCUACCCUUAUUGUUCCAAUUUACUGUUCCACCUUGAGUGUUCCACUAUUAUUGUUCUACUUUAUUGUUCCACCUUGACUGAUCUACCAUUACUGUUCACCUCACUCUUCCACCUUGACUGUUCAACCAUUACUGUUCCACUUCAGUGUUCCACCUUGACUGUUCCACCAUUACUGUUCCACUUCACUGUUCCAACAUUACUGUUCCACUUCACUAUUCCUCCUUAACUCUUGCACUAUUACUGUUACUAUUACUUCCACCUUGACUGUUCAACCAUUACUGUUCCACUUUAGUGUUUCACCUUGACUCUUUCACCAUUACUGUUCCACGUAACUGUUCCACCGUUACUGUUCCACUUCACUCUUCCACCUUGACUGUUCAACCAUUACUGUUCCACUUCAGUGUUCCACCUUGACUCUUUCACCAUUACUGUUCCACGUAACUGUUCCACCGUUAGUGUUCCACUUCACUGUUCCACUUUACUGUUCCACCAUAACUCUUCCACCAGCACUUUUCCAUCAUUACUGUUCUACUUCACUGUUCCACCUUGACUGUUCCAAGCGUUAAUAUUCCACUUCCUUGUUUCACCUUGACUGAUCCACCCGUACUGUUCCACUUCACUCUUCCACCGUUACUGUUCCACUUAACUGUUCACCUUGUCUUUUCCACCAUUACUGUUCUACUUUACUGGUCCACUUUGACUGUUUCACUAUUACUGUUGCACUUCACUGUUUCACCUAGUCUGUUUCACUGUUUCUGUUCUACUUUACUGUUCCAGCUUGAGUGUUUCACCAUUACUGUUCCACGUCACUGUUCACCCUGGACUGUUUCACCACUACUGUUCCACUUCACUGUUUCAACAAUGAAAGUGGAACCGUGAAGUUUCACUGAAGCUGCGCUGAAACUACACUGUUUUACUUUGAAUGUUCCACCAGUACUGUUCCACUUCACUGUUACACCUUGACUGUUCCACCGGUAAUGUUCCACUUUACUGUUCCACCUUAAGUUUUUCACCCUUACUGUUCCACCUUGACUUAUCCACCAUUACUGUUCCACUUCUCUCUUCCACCUUGACUGUUUAACCAUUACUGUUUCACUUCAGUGUUGCACCUUGACUCUUUUACCAUUACUGUUCCACGUAACUGUUCCACCGUUACUGUUCCACUUCGCUGUUCCACUUCACUGUUCCACCAUGACUCUUCCAGUUCACUGUUCUACCAUAACCUUUCCACCUUCACUUUUCCAUCAUUACUGUUCCACUUCACUGUUCCACCUUGACUGUUCCACCCGUAUUGUUCCACGUCACUCUUCCGCCGUUACUGUUCCACUUAACUGUUCCACCUUGUCUUUUCCACCAUUACUGUUCUACUUUACUGUUCCACUUUGACUGUUUCUCCAGUACUGUUCCACGUCACUGUUUCACCUAGUCUGUUCCACUGUUAAUGUUCCACGUCACUGUUCCACCUUGACUGUUUCACAAUUACUGUUCCACGUCACUGUUCCACUUUUACUGGUCCACUUUUUUGUUCCACCUAGAUUGUUCCAAUGUUACUGUUUCACUUCACUGUUCCACCUUGACUGUUCCACCGUUUAUGUUUUUCUUGACUUUUUUUACCUUGACUGUUCCACCAUUACUGUUCCACUUCUUUCUUCCACCUUGACUGUUCCACCAUUACUCUUCCACUUCAGUGUUUCACCUUGACUGUUCUACUAUUACUGUUCCACCUUACUGUUCCACCUUGAAUCCUCCACUUCACUGUUCCAAUUUGACUGUUCCACCAUUACUGUUCCACUUCUUUCUUCCACCUUGGCUGUUCCACCAUUACUCUUCCACUUCACUGUUUCGCCUUGACUGUUCUACUAUUACUGUUCCAUGUUACUGUUCCACCUUGAAUCUUCCACUUCACUUUUCCAGUUUGACUGUUCCACCAUUACUCUUCCAGUUCACUCUUCCAGCUUGAUUGUUCCACCAUUACUGUUCCACUUCACUGUUUUAUCUUGACUUUUCCACCAUAACUUUUUAACUUUACUGUUCCACCAUUACUGUUCUACUUGAUUGUUCCACCUUGACUGUUCCACCAUUAUUUUUCUAGUUUACUUUUCCACUGUUGCUGUUCCACUUAACUGUCCCCCUUCAUUGUUCCGCUUUGGCUGUACCACCUUUACUGUUCCACUUCACUGUUCCACUUGGACUGUUCCUUCAUUACUGUUCCACUUCACUGUUCCACUUUGAGUGUUUCACCAUCACUUUUCCACUGCACUUGUCUAUCUUGACCGUUCCAACUUUAAUGUUCCACUUUAGUGUUUCACCUGGACUGCUCCACCAUUUCUUUUCCACUUCACUGUUCCACCUUGACUGUUCCACCGUUAAUGUUUCACUUCACUGUUCCACUGUUCUAUAUAUUAAAUAUUUUCACCUCAGAUCCAGACUGGUGAAAAUGUGUCUUCGCAGCGCCUGUAAUCAUAGAUCCAGGCGAACUCCAAGCUGGCGACGCUAUUGACUCUGCGCGUGUGCGUGGAAGACAUUGACGUAAUUCUGAGCUCUGCAUUACAUUUAUAUAUAAUACUUUUUUUUCCUUGUGAACUGAACACAAUCUGGAGUGCGUAUUUCGUUUUUUAUAUAGACGGUGCCCACCUAGACUAGCCUUUGUUAUUGUGGGCAUUGAGAAAAUUAAUUGUAAAUUUGGAUUCACCAAUUAAAAUGAAAUAAAUAAAAAGAGCGGUUAGGGCGCGGGACUUGUAAUCCGGAAUCCCUGAGUUGAAGUCCCGCCCUAACCGCUAGCUGGAUGUUUUCUCUGUUGUCCCGAGUUCAGAUCCUCGGCCAUGCUUAGAAAUAGCCAACUGGUUCGCCUCCUACCUGUUGGGAUUAUUAACCAUAUUAUAUUCCAUUUGAAGUAUUUUUUUCAUUAUCCUUGAAAAGCCCCAUAAGGGAAGAGGAUAAUUAUUUUAUUUCAUAUUUAAAAUUUUGCUGUAAAUGGGCAAAUUUAUUUUUACAGCUAUCAUUACCUGUAUUUUUGUUUUCACUGUUGUUUCGAGCGAUUUUCGUAUGACCUUGAAAUGAAAACGCCUAAACCAAAGAAGAAACAACAAACGAACGGGUGCAAAGACUUCAUGCCCGAAGAACUUUCUAGAAAUCAAUCGAUACUUCGCUGUGAGGUCAUACUGCAGCACGAUUGGGCGGUCGAACAAUGCCUUUUCCAUAUUAGGGCUUUCUUUGGUGGGUAAACGAAGAGUCCAUGUUUUGAUCCUUUCAUCCAUAGGCUGAUAAAACAAAUAACGAACAGUUACCGAGACCAUAGAUCGUUUUCACAUGACGUCACGUCCGCCAUAUUAGUGUUCCAAAACAAUGAGACGGCGGCCAUGUUGGUGUCCCAAACCAGUCCUGUGGGAGUUAUGCCUUUUUGUUAUUUAGAAUCUGUCGUGUUCCAAUAAAUUUGCGUCGCUGCAGGCCACGUGAGUGAAACGUGUUCUGUGAUUCUGACCAUGCUUGUAAUUAUUAUUUUUUCAGGGAAUGGUCCUGCCUCAUAACGCCCUUCUUGUACUACACAGCGGACUUAUGACCAAGAAUUCUCCCGGAAAUCACAGGUAAAUAGUUCGGGCGCGCAGACUUAAUUAUGAACUCCAAUAACUAUCACUAAAACGAUGUCAUUCAUGACUCGUUCUCAGUCGCCUCUCAUGAUUUGUGCGCGGGCGUCGAGCAUCACUGGAGACCAACACGACAACGCAACACGAGGUAUGGGUUGGGGGAAAGGGGGGCUAGACGGACGAAGACACACUACUCUUUUUUCCUCCUUUCCAUCACCUGACAUGCGUGACUUCGCGCUUUCGGUUCCCGCCAAAAUUUCGGCUUAUGUCCUGUAAGGGACAUUUUUAGUCCAGUUUAUAUUGGUAGCAUCCUCAGAGGCCCAGCGGCAGAUAGUGGGGGCGAGGGAAAGUCUAAACCAGCGGAAAAAUAUGGCACGAAGAAAAGUAAAGAACGGCGAGAGGAGCCCCUGGGGACAAUGUCUUACCAGACCAGUUCCAAACGGUCGCCGCCGUUCUGACUUCUGAUUGGUGCCAGAAAGCUUUUGUGUUUUUCUGCCCAAUCAGAAGGCAGAACGGCGGCGACCGUUUAAAACUGGUCUGGUAAGACAUUGUCCCCAGGGGCUCUUCUCGCCGUUCUUUACUUUUCUUCGUGCCAUAUUUUUCCGGUCAUUUAGACUUUCCCUCGCCCCCACUAUCUGCCCCUGGGUCUCUGAGGAUGUAUUGGUAGCUCUCUAUCAGCAAACAUUAGGCCAAUAACUGAUAGCCCAUUACUAGGCUCGUCAAAUCGCCGGCGUCAUAAUCUUCCGAUCCUCCACUUGCCAAAAACCUUCUGCGUCAUCGCAUUUUCUCCAAGAGCUACAGCAGACAUUGACUUACUUUAGCCCGUUCCAGGCGCCGAGAUAGUAGUGCAGUCGUUCAGUAAAAAGUGGGGCGAAAAACGCGCGGGGGCUGGGGAGAGAGAGGGCGGCGCCCAGAUAACGCGCGUUUCAUUGUGGCUCUGCUUUUUUUUUAUUUACGUCCCUACUAUACUAUCUGACAACCUAGCACAGGCUAACAUUGACUACGAACAUCGUAAAGCUAAUCAGCGAGAAACGUCUGAGAUUAUCUUCGGCCGGUACCAGGAUAUCACUUUGCAACAUUGCAGGCGUUUUCUUAGAGAGAGCAAACGUUUCUGCUCUCUUAACCGCUAUUAUGAAUUUCAAAAAUGUCUUGCCUAGUCCCCAGGCCUCAUCAUUCCGCGCGGCCUAUGCGUUUCGGAUCACGUGGCCCGAGUAAGUUCAGACGCGUCACCGAAAUGCAUUGACCGAAAAGGCCUAGAAAGACGCCGCACAGGGACUAGGCGAAAAAAUGUCGAAGAACUGGCGCUGUUGCUGUUUCUACUCUCCCCAAUCUUCCUCUUGGUAGAAUAAGUAUAUGUUGGAGUUCAAUUUUAUCUCUGGUUUAAUUUUCUUGUCUUUCGUUUUUGGCAAUGGUAAUGUAUGAUAAUUAGAUUGAAAAAAAGAAAAGAAAAUUUAACCAAGGAUGAAACUGAACCACAAAAUAUAUAAGGUGUUUAAAGUGUAUAAAAAGUGUAUAUAAGGUAUAUGUAGGGGUGUAUAGGUGUAUAUAGGUGUAUGUAAGGUUUAUAUUGGUGUAUGUAGUAUAUUAAGGUAAAUAUAAGGAGUAUGUAAGGUGUCUAUAAGGAGUGUAUAGGUGAGUGUAGGUGUAUAUCGCUGCCACGGCAAUUUGAACACAAAACAAAAAACGGCUUUCGCCCGCUAAAAUAUGUACGCCUGCAUUUCAUCAUUUCAUGGAACCUACUUUAUAGGCUACGAAAACGACAGCGCUUGUUUUUAUAAGAUCAAAAGUCUAUAAUUAACACGUUCCCUCGCUUUUGUGUCACCAUCCCAUGCAGAAUUGUUCUUAACUAGUGUUUGAACCCAUAAACUUGAUGCUUUCCAAUUUUCUACUUUUUUAGCAGUUUUUCUCAAUUGUUUGAGUCGCAGUACUCCUUGCUAAGCACUCUGCUCUUUCAGCACUCGGAAGCAGUGUAUGGAGCAGUACACGUCUUCAUUACCUGUGUGCGUAGUAUCCUUUGAAUCCAAUAGAUUCGGGGAAAUUUCCCACCUACCCCACCCCCAACCCAGCGCUAGCACUUUGCCCUAAGUGAGGGGUUAGUGUUAACUUUGGGUUAAGAGAGGGGUAGGUGAAUGGGCAGUUUCAAUCAGUUUUGUGUCUAAUAACCUCAUGUAAUUUUUACGAAAAAAAAUAUAUUCUCCCAUGCUUGGAGACAUAUAUUUAUUAUAUUUUAAGCAACAGUAAACGAACCAGAAGGAAAGCUGAAAAGUGGCUUGUGACACGUAUCUUAAAAGGAAUGCUUCGGUUCAGAAGUGAAGAAUUAUGAAUUUACCAUUUUUGUUGUGUUUUAAACCUUAACUACAUGUCUGAGAUCUUUUAUCAAGUCUGUUACAAAUCUGUGGUGAGAACGAGGAAACGGAACAGGCCAAGGAUGACAGUCAAGCGAACAGGACAAAAAUCAAAACAAAUGAAUUAAUACAAAGUGCACAACGGAUGUCACGGUGGGUUCAAAUCAGUAAUUGGAUAUCAAAACGCAGAUGUAUAUUAACAGUACAAAGUACACUCUAUUUUUUAUAUAUUAAGAAUGUUGUUUUUUCGGGCUAGGCUGAAUAUUCGUAUUUUUCUGCCGAUUUUAGCCUGAAAAUAUUCUUGUAUUAUUCUUGAAUCAUAACUAAAAAAGAAAGGUUUGUUCCUUUUCGAAAUCUCAGUCUCAAGUUUAUUCCUAAAAUAUUCUUAUAAUUUUACAAAUUUCAGCCUUGAUGUUCUUACAAAAUAUAUUCGUUUAGAGAAAAAAGAGUACAGUGUACCUUAAUUUGAUGUUCCUUCCUUAAGUCAAACAGCGGCCAUUUGAACAUUACUUUUCCCGAAGCGGUCGAUUGCUAUGUUUCUCUCUAGAUUUUUUUAGUUGUUCGAGCGGUCUAAAAAGGAGGGUACAAGGGGUAAAUUGAAACAGUCAUUACUUUAGCUGGCAAAGGCGCUUCCUGUAAGUUCUUUUAAAUUUCAUAGCAUAAUUUAAGGACUGAUUACACCAUAAUCUUUUCUCUUGUAUGGAAUAAUUUGCUCUUGCUUAAUCAUUUUAACAAAUCACACAGUCGCUGAUUUUUUUUAUUGCUCUCCCUCUCAGACUGUACCAAGAAAUAUCUUCACACAAGAAUACGCUUUCCAAGGUAAUUACUGUAUUUUUUUUGUUAAUGUUGUUGUUAUUAUUAUAGAGUUGUGAGCGUUAACCUGAGUUUUCUAGAUUAUCGAUCGUUUAUUACACUUUUUCUUUCCUUGCCCACCCACCCCCUCCCCCUCUUAUUUUUCAUUUUUGGUCGUUCGCGCUUCUCUCGCUUGACUAAAAGGAAACCAAAUUGACUCAUAAGCAGGGUAACUUUGUUGAGGUAGCUUUACUUGUAAGUUGACCGCUUUCUUUUGUACUUGCAGUACUCGCCUUAUUUGAUUGCUGAUUACAUCCACGGAGUUCAGACAGUGGCUCUUCCUUCUGUUAUCAGGGUACCGUCCCUUUGAACAAACGUUUUCACCACUAAGAAUAUUCAUUAUUGGCCUUUCAAUUGAGUACUUGUUAAUAGCUGAUUCCGAAGUUUUGGACUGCAUCUCGAAGUCUUCCUCAGCGAUUACUAAACUCAGUGUUGCCUCGUAAAUCUUGUAUUUAGUCAUCUGACAACGGGUUGUUAAAAAUCGCUGGUAGCUCGUAACCCUUACCGCCAUUUUGGUUUGGACCCAGGAGUCUGUCGUGGAUGGCUUCAUUUUUCCUUUUAAUUUCCAUAAUCUCCUUGUCAUUCAAAAUUCCAGCAGUUUUUGGUUAAAUAGUAAAGAAGAAAAGCAUGAUUUUUUUGGACCAGUUUCAUGGUUGCAACGGGUGUUGCUGUACAAUGAUUGGUCGUCGACAUGUUUUUACUUUGUUUAGUUGUUGUUGUUGUUGUUGUUGUAUUUUUCUGGUAUUGCUCAUGUUUUAUCCAUUCUUUUAUAGGAUUCUCUUACACCUGGAGUGUAUUGCCUUUUAGACAUGUGCGGCGAGCAUGAACUAUCGCUUAUGCACGCUGUGUUGGAUAAAGGAUCGCGGGAGCUCUUUCAUUCUCUGCAUGCGGACUAUACCAAGUAUCACAAGUUUAAGGGGAAAGUUUGAUGAACAUCGACUACGACAAAUCAUAAGCUUUGUUUUAAUUGUGGAUAACAAGAGCUUCCUCUUCGAGGUAACCGCUAGUGAUCGGUAGGCGCGACAUUCCAUGGUUUUCUUCUCUUCUCCAUUCUGUAGUGAAAUGUGGGACCGGGGCAGAAAUUCGUGAGUGCUCGUCUUCGGCUCAGUCGGUUAAUUUGAGUCGGAAAGUCUUCGGGUGUCGUGACAACAAUUUACCUAUGACUAGACUCCUUUUCAAAGUGAUGAAAAGCGAGGAAAGCGGCGGUACAUAGUUCAAGGUAGCGCUGGUAGCUAUGACUUCAGACUUAAGGACGAACAGAAGAUCACAAGAGGAAAACCUUCUCAUUUUACUUUUCGGCGCUUUAUGAUCGUCAGUUGAAAAAUUUGGAUCAAACAAGGCCCCAGUCAAGCCUAUUUAUAAUUAAAGAUCGACAAUGACAGUGAAAUAAAAGCCUAUCAGCAAGCAAGUGAAAUUACUGCUUUGAAAUACCUGACGAAUGUCAUAUUGCCU